AUGGGUGCUUCCUUGCCUCGAUAUCUCGACCUAAAGAUACACCAGGCGGUCCGCGAACGCGCUUACGAUGGAAUCACAGUAGUGGGGGCGUACGAGCGAUCAUAUCCUUCUACCAUCUUUCAGGGAGAAAAACAAGACAAGCCCUUCAACUGGCAGCGACCUACCGCCCGGAUUAUCAAUAACCAUUUAUACAUCGAGUGUUUCCCAGGAUAUGAUUACGUAGAGCACUACGCUGAGGCCAUUGCUAGUUUCCUCGGCAUCCAGCAGCGUCAAGGAGGCAUGUUGACACCUCCGUCAAGGGUGUCUUUCCAACCAGCCUCUUGCUCCGACACUCAGAACGCGCUCAAGGCUACAAGUAUUCGUGGAUUCCCAGAAGGGGCUGAUACUGUUGUUCUCGGCAUGGUCCAUCGCUUGGAGCGGCUGACUGGCCCCGUGGAUUGGGCUGGGGACGGCUGCUUUGCUUGGAAAGUGCGCCAAUUCAAUGGUCGUAAAGUGGCAUUCGUGGGCUUUCGGCCCGCGUUUUGGGGCAACAUUUCUGGAGAAGUCGUACAUUAUCUUGCGUCCCAGUAUGGUGUGCGUGAGGUUCUCUACCUUGGCAAGCUGGGAAGUGUUAAGAGGGGACUGAGGCCAAACACUUUGCUGGCAACUGGCGGGCUUUCGUACGUGCGUGGACAAGCUGUGGAAUGGGAAAACGUUCUCCGAGACUCAGUUGCCAGUGUGGCUCAAGCCUGUACAGUUAAAGGAAACCACAUAACCUUGGGAAGCGUUUUGCACGAAACGAAGAAUUGGCUAGCAUCGUUGCCAAGUUCUGUUGACUUUGUAGAUCCCGAGGUGGGAAUGAUGGGCCAGGCAGCAAUUCAACAUGGCAUUCGGUUUGGGUACCUUCAUAUCAUUUCGGAUAAUGUGGCAGAGAAGUACGAAGAGGAUCUCUCAAAUGAGAGGAUGCGGAGUGUUCUGGCAGGGAGGUCUAAGCUUUACGAAGUCGUACAGGAUGUUCUGGGGCACUAUCUCUCCUCGGCCGUAGGAAGAAACCGUUGA